UGUUUAUAAAUAAAUAAUAAUUCAUUAUCUAUAUAAUCCUCUAUAGAUAAUCAUUCAUAAUAAUAUUUAAUUAUUUUGUUUUAAUUUAAAUUAAGUUGAUAUAAUAAAUUGAAAUGAGUAAUUAUUAUUAUUAUUAUUAUUGAGUUAAGUCCGCCAUGGGAGUCUGCCUAUCCAAGCUUCCAUCAUCGGAGAUCUACAGCUCCGAUUACCUCAACCACGGCCAUGGAAACCGUUCUCUCUACUCUCUCUACUCCCACAUUGGAACCAGACCUAUCAACCAAGACUCCGCACUUCACUCUCAGGGUUUCGGAAUGACAGACGCAUCUCUCUGUGGUGUUUUCGACGGCCAUGGACCUCACGGCCAUGUAGUGAGCCAACAAGUGAGGAAUCGUCUUCCUCUGCUUUUACUCAAUCAACGAAUCGAUCGGUUGAAAUCAGUACCGCCUAAUUUUGAUAUGGAUCUCAAGAUUUGGAAUGAAGCGAUCGAAAGUUCUUUCCAAAAAAUGGACGCUGAGCUUGAGAUUCUCCGUAAAGUUGAUUUAUCUUGUAGUGGAACCACCGCCGUCGUCGCAAUCACUCAGGGAGAAGAUCUGAUCAUCGCGAAUUUGGGGGAUUCAAGAGCUAUUUUAGGGAGAAUUGGAGAUAAUAACAACAGUAUAGAAAGUGUUCAAUUGAGUACUGAUCAUAAACCAAGCUUAACCAAAGAGGGAGAUCGAAUAAGGAGUAUGAAUGGGAGAGUUGUUGGGUUGAAGAGGGAACCAGAGAGCAAGAGGGUAUGGCUUCCUAACGAGUACAUGCCUGGAUUAGCCAUGUCUCGUGCUUUUGGUGAUUUCAUACUCAAACCUUAUGGGGUCAUCUCUGUUCCUGAUGUCACCCACCGUCGACUCACUCCCAAUGAUCAAUUCAUCGUUCUCGCUACUGAUGGGGUUUGGGAUGUGUUGAGUAAUGAUGAAGUUGCUAAGGUUGCUUGGGAAGCAAAGACUGAGGCGGCGGCGGCAAAGGCGGUGGUUAAGGCGGCCAGGGCGGCCUGGAAAAGGUCGACACAUUCUAUUAAAAUAGAUGACUGCACUGCUGUUUGCCACUUCUUUCAUAACAAACACUUGAAUGCUUUUGUAUAGACUUCUUCACUCUCCUUUUUCUUUUUCUAUUUCUUUUCAAUUAAUUUAAGGUCAUUUUAUUUGCAUGUAAUUAUAAAAUAAUGGUAGAGAUAAGAAGAACAAAAAGUUGGUUAAAUGCAACAUUGGAAGUUCAAUGCAAUCAAAUGGUCUAUACA